GAUUUCUUCCUAUGGGACAUGGUAUAAUCUUGUCUAAGAAGGGUUGCCCUUCUAGUGACCAAGAGAUUGAAUACAUGAAAAUGAUCCCAUAUGCUUCUGCUAUAGGAUCGAUAAUGUAUGCCAUGACAUCUACUAGGCCAGAUGUGGCAUAUGCGCUUAGCAUGACAGGCAGAUUUCAGCAAAAUCCCGGUGAGGUACAUUGGAGAACUGUCAAGACUAUUCUAAAGUACCUUAGAAGGACUAAAGAAUACUUCUUAGUCUAUGGUGGACAGCCAGAGUUAUCAGUUACUGGGUAUACUGAUGCUAGCUUCCAAACAGACCAUGAUGACUAUAAGUCACAGUCUGGCUAUGUCUUCAUCCUCAAUGGUGGAGCAGUUAGUUGGAAUAGUUCCAAACAAAGCACUACUGCCGACUCCACCACCGAAGCCGAGUAUAUUGCUGCAUCUGAAGCUGCCAAGGAGGCUGUGGCUCUGUUAGAAUUCGUGAAAGAACUGGGUGUCAUUCCAAGUACCAAUUGUGCAAUACCGUUGUAUUGUGACAAUACUGGUGCAGUUGCGCAAGCAAAGGAACCAAGACCCACGAAUAGAAACAAGCACAUUCCCCGAAGAUAUCAUCUGAUCAGAGAAAUAAUUGAAAGAGACGAUGUGAAAUUAGAAAGAAUACCCACUAAUGAUAACUUAGCCGAUCCUUUCACCAAGCCGUUGUGUAUAGCAAAACACAACAAACAUUUUGAGAGCUUGGGUGUUAGACAUGUUGGAAGUUGGCUUUAA